AUGCCUCAGUUCAAGCAGUGGCUUCAGCCGCCGAACCUGGUUCACCUUGCCUGUGCGGCCAUGGCAGAGCUGAUCGGAACCAUGUUCUUCGUCUUCGUUGGCGUGGGGUCAGUGGCCGUCUCAAGUGAGUUCGUUCAGGGACUGGAUGUGACCCGCAUACUCUCCAUUGGCAUCGCACACGGUCUUGCUCUCGUGGUUGCUGUGGGGGCUGCAUCAGGGAUUUCAGGGGGACACAUCAAUCCAGCUGUCACACUUGGCAUGCUAGCAGUGGGCCUCGUUGACGUCAUCACAGCAGCAGCCUACGUGGCAGCGCAGCUGAUAGGCGCUGUCACAACUCUUCCCUUCCCCUGCCCACCCUUAACCCCCCCACCCCCCCAUCCCCUUGUCUCCCUUCCCCGCCUUCCCUCCUCCCCUUUCACCCCAUUUCCUUUCCAACCUUCUCUUCAGAUUUUGUGCAACUUAACACCAAUUUUUCUGUCUCUCAUCCGUGUGUCUCCUCUGCAGGACGCUCUUGGUGCACACGUGCUCGGUGCCGGGGUCUCUGUAGGCCAAGGCGUCCUCACUGAAAUCAUUCUCACAGCCAUUCUAGUCUACGCAGUCUUUGCUACUGCUGUCGACCCCAAGGGUCCGUCCCACCUCGCUCCGAUGAUGAUUGGUUUUGCCGUGCUUGUGGAUCACAUAGUGGGUGUUCCUCUAACGGGAGCCUCCAUGAACCCAGCCCGUUCCUUCGGCGCUGCUGUCUGGUCGAAUGUGUGGGAGAACCAUUGGAUUUAUUGGGUUGGUAGUAUAAUUGGUGCUUGUGUUGUUAGUGUGGCGUACUGCCUGGUGUUUCUGGUGCCUAGGGAGUAUGGGGAUAAGGUGAAGGCUUUGAGUCCUUCUAGGGCUAGCAAUGCCCGCCAUGAUGAGAGCAAUGUUAGUAUUACUGUCCCGUAA